CGGAGGCUUCCGGCCCGCGACGGCGCGGUAGCUGCAGAGGUACUACGUUCCGGCUGGUCUGCCGGCGCUCGUGGCUUUCCCGCGGCCCCAGCUUCCCGGGAGCUGGGCCCUGUGGGCAACGUAGGGGAAAAGGAGCGGCAGCAGGCGCAGUUCCGGGCCAACGGGGUCAGUGAGGCUCGUGGCUGAAGGACCUCCUCAUCUUUCACAGGCCUGGAAGUUAAACCCCAGCCUUCAUCUGGCGCGGGGUCUACCCCAGUUCCUCAUCUCCUGUCCGGUACUCGAUCCUCUGGGAUCUCCUUUGAGGGGGCCAUGGAUACCUCGACACCUUUGCCUCCUGUGCCCCAGUCCUCGAACUGCAACCCAGCCCCACGGACUAUCCAGAUAGAGUUCUCUCAGCAUAGCUCAUUGCUUCUGGAAGCCCUGAACCGUCACAGACUAGAGGGAAAGUUCUGUGAUGUGUCCCUUUUGGUGCAGGGCCGAGAACUUAGAGCUCACAAAGCAGUGUUGGCUGCUGCCUCUCCUUACUUCCACGACAAGCUUCUUCUGGGGGAUGCUCCACGUCUCACCCUGCCCAGCGUCAUUGAAGCUGAUGCUUUCGAGGGACUGCUCCAGCUCAUUUAUUCAGGGCGCCUCCGCCUGCCACUGGAUGCUCUCCCUGCCCACCUCCUUGUGGCCAGUGGCCUCCAAAUGUGGCAAGUAGUAGAUCAGUGCUCAGAGAUUCUUAGAGAAUUAGAAACCUCAGGUGGUGGAAUUUCAACCCGUGGAGUGACCCCCUAUCACACACUUCUUUCCACCACAUCUUCAACAGGAGGAUGGUGCAUUCGCUCUUCCCCAUUCCAGACUCCUGUGCAAGCUUCUGCUUCUACCCAGAACCCCGUUGGAGGGGACGGGAGUGAAUUAGGAAACGUGUUACGGAUUCAAGUUGAGGAGGAGGAGGAGGAAGAUGAUGAUGAUGAUGAUGAAGACCAGGGGUCAGCAGCACUCUCUCAGACUCCUCAACCUGCAAGAGUAUCAGGGGUUCCCCAUCCUCAUGGAUCCCAUCCCCUGCCCAUACCUGCUGCUCCCCGAAGGCUUUCAGACGAUGAGAGUACACCACUUGACUCUCUGACCCCUUCUGCACCACCCCCUAAAAUCUUCUACAUUAAGCAGGAACCCUUUGAGCCUAAGGAGGAAAUAUCAGGAGGUGGAACUCAGGCUGGAGGAGUAAAGGAGGAGACCACAGUAUUUCCUGGAGGGGACACUGAAAGGACUGAAGAGCUAGGGUUCUUGACACCCUCAGGAGCAGGGGCAGCAUCUGGAGGAGGAGGAGGUCCAUCCUGGAAACCAGUGGAUCUUCAUGGGAAUGAAAUCCUGUCUGGGGGUGGGGGACCUGGGGGAACAGGGCAGGCUGUUCAUGGGCCUGUGAAGCUAGGGGGGACACCCCCUGCAGAUGGAAAAUGUUUUGGUUGCUUGUGUGGGAAGAGGUUUGCUGUGAAACCAAAGCGUGACCGGCACAUUAUGCUGACCUUCAGCCUUCGGCCCUUUGGUUGUGGCAUCUGCAACAAGCGCUUCAAGCUGAAGCAUCAUCUGACAGAGCAUAUGAAGACCCAUGCAGGAGCCCUGCAUGCCUGUCCUCAUUGUGGUCGUCGGUUCCGAGUCCAUGCUUGUUUCCUUCGCCACCGGGACCUGUGCAAGGGUCAGGGCUGGGCCACAGCUCACUGGACUUACAAAUGACUACUGAGGCCAUACACUAACUUCUAGGACAAGAGCCAAUGCUGCUGAUGGAUACUUACCCCUUGCUACCAUGGCACCCCCAUUGUGGAACUUGUAAUUAUGCCAAGAGGAUAGAAAUAUUAUGGACUUCUUGUUCCUGGCAGAUUUGGAAACAGAUUUCUCAUCUCCAGGUUUUUAUUAAUCACCUUACAGGAAAGUGGUUUACAGGUCAUAUGUAAAUUGGUCAUUUGCCCAUAAUAGACCUUUUCAUACAGGAAACCAGAUUUCAGAUUAGAAGUUUAUUUGGAAAAGAGCUAGAGAAAAAAGACAUAAUAAAGGUUUCAUUUGGUCUCUGUGAGGAGUCAAAGGAGCUGGUCUCCAUCUAGAGAUACGUUUGAUUUAGAGUUCUAGUAAUUCAGAGACUAAGCUCUAAACUUUUCUUUCCUUCUUCAUUGCUGAAAUGUGAGCACAGUUCUUUUUUAUGUACUUUCCUUAUUAUGUCUUUCUAGAAGCCCCUCAGAUUACAACUUGCCAUCUCACCAGUAGAUAUCUUUCCAACACCUUUAUUUUUAUGUUGUAGUUGAGCACUUUAACAAAUUGCGCAUUCCAUGUAUCAUUAGAACCCUCUUUAAUAGAGGGUCCCUCAACAGCCUGUGCCUCUUGUCUACUUUGACCACUACUGAUCACUCAUAUAUUGAUUACAGUGACUAGAAUGUGACCAGUGAAUUCAGAAAAUGGCCACUGACCUAAAAUGUUCUCGAGGUAGCACCACUGCUCUGAAUAAGUGGUUUUGGUCAGAGGGAUUCAGGGCUGAGACAGCACACACUAAAGGCUAGAGAGUAAGUGCAUAAUGGGACCACACCUCCUAUCUUUCCAUCCCCACCCACUCACAGCAGCCCAUUUAUUGAUAGGUAGAAGGGCAGCUUUUGAAGUGGGGAGAUUGUAGCAGGUUACUUAAUUUCUUCAAAUAAACUUUGCCCUGAAAUCGAGAGCUGACAAUGGGCUGGACUGAGUAAUUUAUGUGAGAGAGACAACAUGAAAAAGAGUUGCCAAGACUUGGAUGUGUUUUGCAGCUGGGUUAUGAUGGGGAAAGAAUGGAAGAAUGGGGACAGUUUCACACUGGUGCAGAGAAAACAGUUCUGGACUUCAUUGUGCUAGAUUCUAAGCCCAGAUCUGCCACCAAGUAACCUCUGGUAACUUACCUUAUCUUUCAGAGUCUGAACUCUUUUUUUUUUUUUGGUGGGAUGGUAUGUAUGUCCUAAUUGGUUCUCUACCUUUUUUAAAAGGGUUUGGUUUACAUGGUCUUUACCUACAAUAUUGUUCAUCUUCAUGUAUUUUGUAUAAUGUUUGGUUCUACAAACAUUUAGUGCAAAGCACUGUGUCAAACUCUGAUUUAUACUCUGCUCUCAAGGAGUUCACAGCUACUACUGAAGCUAGACAAGUAAUGACCAUGUAGUAUGACAAGUCUAUGAUAUUGGGCAGGACUAGCUACUGUAGUGGCACAGAGAAAGCUGAGCCAAGACUUAUUAUAGGUCCACAGAGGUUUCACAAAGAACUCCAUGUGCAAUGGGUGUGGGUGACUGAACUGAUGUAGAAAUGGUGAACAUGAGUUGAAGUCACUCGUAUUCAAAGCAUAUUUCUCAAAACUUUACUUUUCCAAAGCAUAGUCCUCAAAAAUUACUAGGUAUGGCACUCAGAGAGGCUAAAAAAUAGGACUUUAUGGCCUAGAAGGUGAAUUGUAGCUGGUAUCUGUCAGCCUCUCUAAAAGAGCCAUUCCAUGGUACCAUUAAGGACUGUGAACACACUGGGAAAAGAGUCAGGGAGUGGGCUCCAAUCUGCAAUCUACUGCAACCCCACCCACCUGCCAUUCUUUUGGCACACUUCUGUAGAUGGCCAGGAUCCUUUGGUUUUAAGCAAUAUAAGCUGGCACUAACUUAACCUUAUCAAAAUGAACCUAUGAAAGGAUGUGGGGUGGGUCCUGAAAUGGAGGGAAGAGAUGAGGGGACCAGCCUUUGGAAGGACAAGGCCUGGGUCACAUCUGAGAGUUCAGGGAGCAAGAACUCCUGGGAAUCUCUUCAGGUGAUAUGUUUUGGGAUAAUGACCCAGUCCUUCUUAUUUCUUGUGUCACUCAAAAUUUCCCAGGUUAGAACUCUGGCCGGAGCACCUUGAUCAUAUGUUUCAUCAAAGUAACAGUGGACAUGGAAUCCUGAGGGGGCAGUUGAAGUCCUGGGAUAGAAGAGUGGGGAAUGGUUGCUAGCCAGACCACAGGACAGAGACCCACCCCAGACCAUCUCUACAUGUUACCCACCUUGGGGUCCUUAAAGGCUCAGCUAUACCUGGCACUUGAUAGGUAUUCAAGAUACGUCAAAUCUGCCCAACUUCCACCUUUGCCUUCUGAACUUAAGGCAGAAGUGUUUCUGCCCUCUCCUUAAUCCCCAUAGCACUUUGUUAUUACUCUGUAAAGCCAAGUAACACACCA